UUGAGAUAUUUUUGUUACGAAACUAAGAAAGUGCCAAUUUUUGCUUCCUCACGAAUCAAUUUAGAACUGCUGAGGAGAAGCAGCCAUCGAAACCCCUAAACCUUAAUUCUUCACAGCAUAAACUUGCAAAUCGUUGCCGAGGCCUAUUAUUUUCUUUGAACACCCACAGAGACGCAAAGAUUUCGAUUCUGGCACAAGCCAAUACACUUGCCAACUCCGGGAAUACAAGUUCAUGGCAACUGCAACUAUGGCCACGGCUGCUGGUGCAGCUGCACUUCUAUAUUAUACAUUGAACCGUAAGUUGCACUCAAGUAGAGAUCAAGAUGAUAGUGAUGUAGCUGGUAAUGAUGCUUCCAGUCAUGCUCUUCUGGGAGGUGAUCGAGUUUCUCAUAGACUAGUUCAAGCUCCUGCUACAUGGCUCGAAACAAUUUCAACAUUAUCAGAGACACUUAGGUUUACGUACUCGGAGACUCUUGGAAAGUGGCCCAUUGGGGAUUUGGCAUUUGGAAUUAAUUUUCUCUUAAAGAGACAGGGAAACUUACAUGUAAGCGGUGUAUUUGGCAAUGAAGACAGUAGUCAGCUUAAGGGAGCUGAAAUGAUUAGUGAGCUGAAGUACCUCUUGCACUUAUUGACUUUGUGUUGGCACUUCUCAAAAAAACCAUUUCCGCUGUUUCUAGAAGAAACUGGUUUUUCCGAGGAAAAUGUUCUCCUUCAGGAACCAAAGGCAGGAAUUUUAAAGCCUGCUUUUACCAUUAUAGUUGACCAUAAUACAAAGUGUAUUCUCCUGUUAAUUCGUGGAACACACAGUAUCAAAGACACUCUUACGGCUGCCACUGGAGCUGUGGUGCCAUUCCAUCAUAGUGUUGUGCAUGAGGGAGGGGUUAGCAAUUUGGUUUUAGGAUAUGCGCAUUGUGGAAUGGUUGCAGCUGCUCGUUGGAUUGCAAAGCUAUCUACUCCUUGUCUUUUGAGUGCACUUGGUCAAUAUUCUGGUUAUAAUAUUAAGGUUGUUGGGCACUCUUUGGGUGGAGGAACUGCUGCACUUCUAACUUAUAUCUUAAGAGAGCAGAAGGAAUUAUCCGUUACUUCUUGUGUGACAUUUGCCCCAGCUGCUUGUAUGACGUGGGAACUAGCAGAAUCGGGCAAUGAAUUUAUCACUUCUGUUAUUAAUGGAGCUGAUUUGGUGCCCACCUUCUCAGCUGCUUCAGUAGAUGAUUUGCGUGCUGAGGUGACUGCUUCUGCUUGGGUAAAUGAUCUGAGAAAUCAAAUUGAGCGCACUCGAAUUCUUAGCACUGUUUACCGUUCUGCUUCGGCAUUGGGAUCCCGUCUCCCAUCCAUAGCCAGUGCAAGAGCAAAAGUUGCUGGUGCAGGGGCCAUUCUGAAACCAGUCUCUAGUGGUACACAGGUUGUGAUGAAGAGAGCACAGAGCAUGGCUCAGGCAGCAUGGACACGACCCUCCCUCCAUUUAUCAUCGUGGUCAUGCAUAGGCCCACGUCGUAGAGCCAUGACUUCUCACUCGACGGCUGAAGAAAAUGGAAGUUCUCCAAAAUCAUCUCCAAGAAAAAUGGAAUCUUUUGAGCCGCUUAGAUCAUCCCCUCAAGAAAUUGUUGAAGCUACCGAACUUCCGGAAUCUUCAACUACAACAAUACAAUGGACUAAUGAAAUUGAAUGUUCUUAUUCUGAGGAGAUAAAUCCCGAUGGCAUGAGAGAUGAGCUUGACGAUGAUGAUCAGGCCCUCAUGAGUCAUAUUCAGGAUGAACAAAUUACGGAAGUAGAGUUAUGGCAACAACUUGAGCAUGAACUACACGAUAGGAGUGAGGCUGAUGUUGCCAAGGAAAUAAGGGAAGAAGAAGCUGCUGCUAUGGCAGAAGUAGGACAAUCUGAUAGCUUUACUUCUGGAAUGAAGGAAGCACACAGAUUUUUUCCUGCUGGGAAGAUCAUGCACAUUAUCGAAAUCGAAACUCAAUCAGAUGCUCCUGAUUGUGAAAGUGAUAGCAGCUCCAGAUCCAGCACCUCAGACAGUAGCCCACAGGCGCAGUCUAGGACUGGUAUUUUCCUUACGUCAAGAUCACUGUAUAGCAAACUCAGAUUGUCUCAGACAAUGAUAAGUGACCACUACAUGCCAGCUUAUAGAAGACAGAUAGAAAAGUUAGUUAAAGAACUGGAGAAAGAAGAAUGUUGUAAUCGUGGAAUGGAGAGAACAGGCUUUGCGUCCCCAAUGACUUAGAAACGUAUUGUCUUAAUACGAAAAGUCCUCCACUGCUAUUGGUUGAAUGAGGUAAUUACUUUUUGGCACUGCUCAAUAUCCUUUGGGUGUAAUACGAAUGGCAAUGGAUUCAGCUCAAGCUGCUUUCAGAAUGUUAUCAUUCUCGAUGCAAAGAUGUCUCAGUA